AUGGCAGACAGGGGCGGAUUCGGGCGCGGAUUCGGCGACCGCGGCGGGCGCGGCGACAGGGGCCGCGGGGACAGGGGCCGCGGGCGCGGGCGCAGACGCACGGAGGAUAAGGAGGAGGCAUGGGUGCCGGUGACUAAGCUGGGGCGCCUCGUUAAGGAAGGGAAGAUUAAGUCCAUUGAGCAAAUUUACCUCUUCUCGCUGCCGAUUAAGGAGCAUCAGAUUGUCGAGGCUUUUCUGCCGACUCUUAAGGACGAGGUUAUGAAGAUCAUGCCCGUGCAGAAGCAGACGCGCGCCGGGCAGCGUACGCGUUUUAAGGCGUUCGUCGUCGUCGGCGACUGCAACGGUCACAUCGGGCUCGGCGUGAAGUGCGCAAAGGAGGUCGCGACCGCCAUUCGCGGCGCGCUUAUCCUCGCUAAGCUCUCCGUCAUUCCCGUGCGACGCGGGUACUGGGGUAACAAGAUCGGCAAGCCGCACACGGUGCCUACUAAGGUCACCGGCAAGUGCGGCUCGGUCACUGUGCGCCUCGUCCCCGCGCCUCGCGGUUCCGGGAUUGUGGCCGCUCGCGUGCCGAAGAAGGUGCUGCAGUUUGCGGGUAUCGAGGACGUCUUUACCUCGUCUCGCGGCUCCACGAAGACGCUCGGAAACUUCGUGAAGGCCACCUUUGCGUGUCUGCUCAACACGUACGCCUUCCUCACACCUGACCUCUGGCACGCCACCAAGUUCACCAAGACGCCCUUCCAGGAGUUCACUGACUUCCUCGCCAAGCCGCACAAGCUGGCUCUCCCGGUCGCCGUGCCCGAUGCCUUUGCUGCCCCCCCUCCUGCCGCUGCUGCUCCUGUCCCCGCGUUUUAA